AGACGACGCCGUUUCAAAACCAUUAAGCCAAGCAUUCAAAAUGGGAAGCUGUGAAACGCCUUCUCUUCGACUAUCCCCAAAGAAACGAUCAGUUGGGCUGCUUUAAGCUGCCUCUCACUGUGAAACUAUAGCAAUUCUUCCUUCAGUUCUCUCUCCUAGGGUUUCCCUUUCUCAUCUCUAAUGUCUGCACCUUCUCGCUCCCCCUUCGGUUCCCUACCCUCGAGAACCACCCCUUCCACCUUCUUCUCACGGGCCACCAACGCCGCCUCUACCUCUUUCUUCGCUACGCGCCGCCCAUGGCGCGAGCUCAUCCAGUUCUCCUCCUUCACGCGCCCUUACUCCUUCGGUGAAGCCACCGCACGCAUAAAGCGUAACCUUUUCUACUUUCGCGUGAAUUAUACGAUGAUCAUUCUCUUAAUUCUCUUCCUCAGCCUUCUGUGGCACCCAUUAUCCAUGAUUGUGUUCUUAAUCGUCUUCGUAGCCUGGUUUUUCCUCUACUUUUUCCGGGACGAGCCGCUUGUCAUUUUCCAUCGCACGAUUGAUGAUCGUGUGGUGCUGGGCGUGCUCGCUGUUGUCACUAUUGUGGCCUUGGUUCUCACGCACGUGUGGUUGAACGUCUUGGUUUCCAUCUUGAUUGGGCUUGCAAUUGUUGUCUUACACGCUGCAAUUAGAGGAACGGAAGAUUUGUACUUGGACGAGCAAGAUGUGGGAGAUGGGGGGUUGUUUUCGGUUGUGGGGAGCCCCACGAGAGCUGGGUACUCUCGCGUUUAAGGUUUUUCCUUAGCCGGGCGGUGAAUUGAAUUGGAUGUGUUAUUUCUCUGCAGUUUGAAUUUCGCGAUGGUGAUAUUUUUCGGGCACCGCAGAGAAGUUGCGGGUUGGUGGCACAUAGUAGCAGCGAUUUUCUCUGGUUAGAUGAUGAAUCUUGAAUUGAUGUUAUUUUUUGCCCCUCUUUUUUUUUCCCUUAUUAUUUAUAAGAUCUGAAGUAUAUAUGUUUGUAAAUUUGCUAAUGUGAAUUCAUUCAAUAUAGGCCUUUCUUAAUUCGUGGGAAAAUGGUUAACUUAUAGCUGGUUUACCUUACCACACUACGUUUUAUUAGUUCUAGUGUGGUUAGAAAGUUGUAUUUAUGUUGCAGAUAAAUGAUUUCUCUGAUUUUUUUUUUUU